AUGGCGGCGGUGGCACUUCCAAUUCCGGACAAAGGACUGCGCCUCGCUGGGCGACGGCUUUCCGCCGCACCCCGCGGACCGCCUCAGCUACCGGGAGGGAUCCCGCGACUCCUUCGUGCGGUCCAGGAGCUUUUGCUGCCGCUGCGUGCGCUGAACGAGGGCCGCUGCUGCAUGCACCAGACGUUCUCCCGGAAGCCCCUACCGGCCGAGAAGAUCGACCAGGUGGUGGAGGAGAUCACGAAGAGCGCCAUUUGCCCCUGCUCGCCAAUGCCCGCAACCAGGGGGUCUUGGUGA